AUGGAGAAGUAUCUUAAAGGGGGAAAAAGUAGUCCAGUUUCCAUUGUGUUGGCGGAUACAAAAGAGAUUCUUAAAAUCCAUCCAAGUCUUUACCCACAAGAAGAUAAAUUGGUCUGGGGAGGCACCAAAUCAGAGAAGACAUAUAAAGAAUUUUGGGAAGCUACUUCUUCAGUUAGUCAGACUCAUCAUCAAUCUAAGGAUUGCUAUUCAACUCAGCAGAUUUCAUCAAGCUCUCGUUGGACUCCUCCUCCACCUGAUGUUACUAAAAUCAAUUGUGAUGCUGCAUGGAAUAGUAAGACAAAACAUGGAGGCAUAGGUAUUAUUCUUAGAGAUGAGUCUGGCUUUCCUAUUUCAGCCUACUCUUGCGGUAUUCAAUGUGAUUCAGCACUUAUUGGAGAAGCAUAUGCUAUCCGAUCUGGACUUCUACAUGCGGCUACACUUGGCUUUACCCGCAUGAUGGUUGAAUCGGAUUGUCAAAAACUGAUUAAUCAGUUAUGCGCAGGAUCACAAUUGGAGACUGAAAUUUAUAACAUCUGUCAUGAUAUAUUUUGUUUGCAAAAGACUUUUGUUUCUUGUAGUUUUUCUUUUGUUCCAAGAUCCUCCAAUACUGUGGCAGAUUCCUUGGCCAGGGCGGCCCUAUCGGUUGAGUCUCCGAUUCUGUGGCCAAGUACCUCUCAGUGGCUUUUGCAACUCUGUAAUGCAGAUGCUACUGCGUGUAAUGACUCUUCUCAUCAAUAA